AUGGCCGGCAUCACCAAGGCCGCUGUUGUGGCGAGCCACCCGAAGAAGAAUGUGGCCAGCCGCAAGAUGAACAAGAAGAGCCGCUCGAUCGCCAAGAAGGAGGCCAAAGCGAUGCGCGCCGACUCCGCCGGUGCCAAGAGUCGUCGCUGGCGCCCAGGCACUGUCGCACUGCGCGAGGUGCGUAAGUACCAGCGCUCGACGGAGCUGCUCAUCGCGCGUACCCCGUUCCGCCGCCUCGUGAAGGAGAUUAUGUCCACCUUCAAGGACACGAUGCACAUGCGCCACUCCGCCCUCGAGGCGAUGCAGGAUGCGACGGAAAGCUACCUUGUGAGUUUGCUCUGCGACGCGAAUCUGUGCACCAUUCAUGCCAAACGUGUAACGCUGUACCCCAAGGACCUGCAGCUAGCAUUGCGCCUCCGCGGAGAGCGCACGUAA